ACAGAUGAGAUGAGAGUGAGACUAGUAUACGGAUAAGUGGCGGACAAGGAGGGGGCUUUAGGCAAACAGAAAGAGAAUGUUGGUUCUCCGCGCUCCCACAGGACCUGUGUCCGCCGUCAGAUUCAUCACUAAACCCAACCCUCGUACUCCUCCUUCUUCGGAUCCAUGGCUCGGACUAGUUCCCUCCGCGAACACUCGCAGUCGGAGACGCGUCGUCCUCACUCUCUCUAGCUCUGACUCAAACGGAAGCGUCAAAUCCGCCGCACCUUCCACUCCACCUUCCCAACAAGUCCCAGACGACACAGUCUUCGUCGGUCAAGAGAAUGUUCCCCUCGAAGGCGUUAUUCAAUUCGAUAAACCAAAAUCAAAUGCAUCAAUCAAGAAAUGGGGACGUGUGGGUUUACUUGCUGGUGGGGAUGUUUUGGCUUUGCUUAUCUUCUCUGCAAUUGGGAGAUUCAGCCAUGGAUUCCCUGUGUUUAGCUUGGAUACUCUUCACACAGCCGACCCUUUCAUUGCUGGAUGGUUUCUGAGUGCUUAUUUCUUGGGAGGAUAUGCGGAGGAAGGGAGAGGAAAGAAGGGUCAGUCCAAAGCUGUGCUAACAGCCGCUAAAUCUUGGGCUCUCGGUGUUCCGCUUGGGGUGAUCAUAAGGUCAACCUCGUCAGGCCACAUCCCAGCUUAUAGCUUUGUCUUGGUGACAAUGGGAAGUACCGCUGUUUUACUUAUUGGGUGGAGAGCACUAUUAUUCAGUGUGCUUCCUUCCGAGUCAAAGAAGAAAGAUGAUACAUAUAGAAAAGGCAGCGCAUUCGAACUAUUUGAGUUGCUUACUUCAUUAAUAAGACGGUGGUGAUGGAGCUUCGCAUCCAUUAAUGUACGCGCGGAUGGAACUUUAUAUUCCAUAUGCAUAUAUCUAAAAUCCUGUCAGCAGAGGAAAUAUUUGGAAAGUUCCAGAACCAACUGUAAUAUUUUGUUACAGGGAGGGAUGAUUACUUGUCCCAAACAAUUCAUAUAAUGUAUGAGUACUCUGAAAACCA